UGAUCCAUGCUGCUGAAAACAUCCAGAUGAACAGAAUCAACUUUUUGGGGAUUUACUGGAUGAUUGAGCAUCAAGACACUUUUUAAUAUUUUACUAAUUUCUGAAGCAUUUUACCAACUUUGUUCAAAUUGCUCUGCUGUCAUUUUAUUGUUGACAAAAAGAGAUUUUGAGUUUGACUGUUGACGUUUCCAUGUGGGACUGUUGCAGCAACACCAGGAUGUAACUACAGAAUACACUUUAUAUUAUAGCACUUGGAUGUUAGUCCAGUGGUCCUAAACUGACACACCUGCACCUGGAUUCAUUCUGACCAGAUUUUAGCCCAACAGUGUUUCAUACUUAAUACAUCAGACACGAACUCUGCAGCUGUCAUUGUGUGCAGUGUGUGUGCAGCGGGACACUGUGUCCUAUGAGUGUUAUACUAUAAUAAACAGAGCCUGACCGCGGGCAUAAAGAGGGCAAAAACCCACUUAUGCUCUAAAGAUGAAGUUCUAUUUCUCUUCAAAUGACCCUCAGAGCAUGUGGAGGGUCAUUAAAUGCAUCACAAAUUACCUCAAGAACAACAGGCUGAAGAACAUAAAAACAAACGCAGAGUUUCUGUCUGAUGGUUUGAACAUGAAACAGGAAUUAUUGAGCAAAAACGGCCAGUUUACCAACUCUGUGGAAUUUAUGAACUAACAUCAGCGCAUUCACCUACAAUACACGAAUGAAUAUCACCAGUUAAACUGAAAAAGGAAAAUAACCUGCAUACAAAUACGAACGAGAAGAGAAAUGCAUUUUAUAGAUGAAAUGUUGGCAGCGACUCUUAGGACAGCCCUGUCUCACUGUCAGCAGGUAAUGAACAUCCACAGACUGGAAGCCCGUUUCUGUCACUGAAAAAAGGAUCCAUAACUCGAAAUUUCGAGUUAUUUUCUCGUAAUUUCGACUUAUUCACUUGGAAUUUUGAAAAAACAAACUCGAAGUUUCGAGUUAGUGCUGCCAAUCAGUAAUUUACGUGAAUGACGUAAUUUCCUUGUUACCCGGAAGCUGAAGCCCUCAGCUACAAAUGCUACAGCUAAGCUACCAGAAUUACAGCCAGUCAUAAAUCCACAAAUUGCUGAUUAUUUUCUGUGUGGCUUCAGAAAUGAUGAAAUCUUUCUGUUAUUAGCUUAAUCACAUGAUGUUAAUAUCAGCAAACGUACUCUGAAAGCGCCGAUUUGUUGCGAUGCGGUUUUGAGAGCGCAUUGUACGUAGAUUACUGAUUGGUAGAGCUAACUCAAAAUUUCGAGUUACUUUUCUCACAAUUUCGAGUUAAUAAGUCGAAAUUUCGAGAAUGGAUCCUUUUUUGUGGCGGCUUCCAUAACAGACUGAUGGAGGCAGGAGAAGCUGCCUACAGUCACCAGUCAGUGGAUCCACAGUAACAUCGACUCUGAGUUCAGCUGCUGAUCAUCAACUAACUGUUUCUGUCUCGUUCCCAGACUCUGAUCUCACAUAAAACGAAGCAGAUUUAUGCUGAAACUAAGCUGCACACAGCUGAUGUUAGCCAGGAAACAGUACAGACUGCUAACAUUACCUUAACAUGGAGACGAUCAACUGCGUCACAACAUUCACGAAAGCGAAAGUAAAAGCGACGCAAGGAAACGAUCAGAGAGGCGUUUGAGGGACGUUCAGAGUCAGGAACCUCAGAAACGGAUCAGGCUGGAGUUUAAUUCUGUUUUCAUCUUUAGAAACAUCUGGAAAUAGUUAUAAAAAUGCUGCGUAAUAAAGAAAAAUAGUGUAGAUUAGUUUGAGUUGUGUUUAGCUGAGCUGUGUCUUUAAUCAAAUCUAAACUGAAGAGUUCAUUUUGUGGAGGAGCAGCAAGACUUUCAGUGUGACUCUCAGGAGAAAGCCUCCCACAUGUCUGUUGUCUUAAUAGUGGAAUUAUCUGGAAAAUGAACCAGUUCUUAUAAGCUGCUUUUCUAUAUGAGCAGUCAAAGCAUUUUAUACAGCGUGCUUCAUUCACACAAGCACUUCUUUUUCUAACAAUGACACUAUGAUGGAUGCAUCAGAGAGGAAGUCGGGGUUCCAUAUGUUGCCCAAGGAUACCGUGGUGUGCAGACUGGAGCAGCCAGGGAUCAAACCUCCAACCUUCCAGUUAGUAAUUCUACCUGCUGAGCUACAGUCUGUACUUCCUGAACAACACAGCCUCCUUUUGUUUCUUUAUUUCCAGUAGCAACCAGGACCAUAAUGAACCCUGACUCCAACAGACACUCAGGAUCCACCUGCCCACACACACGCCACCCUCUCCUGCGGUCCCGCCAACAUCUUUAACAGGGAAGACAUGAUUAGAUGAUGGGCUCAGGUGACGAUUCCUUGAAGAUGUACCAUCUGAAGGUGGGCUCGGCUGCAGAUAUUCCACUGGACAUAGGAGAGCUGGACCUCAGCCAGCUGACAGCCUCUCUUACAACACCCUCAGGGCCAGAGGAGCCCUGCCUGCUGAAGAUGCUGCGUAACGCUCACAUUGGAAUCUCCUUUUUUCCCAAGGAGGUUGGUGAGCACCUUGUUAACAUCAAGAAGAACGGUCGUCAUGUUCCCAGCAGCCCAGUUGCUGUUAUGACCAACAGUCAGAGAUUGGUGAUGUGAGCCGUGUGCAUGUCGACCGGGCUGAGCGAGGCCAGGGCGUUUGAGCCUACAGAGUUCUACAUUGACACUCGGCAUGCAGGUAUAUGCUCAGUGAAAGUAUAGAUACUGUGAUUUUUUUCAUUUUU